CGUUUUCAAAUAUAAAACCAGCUGAAAAAUCAACGAUUUUCUACGAUAUCGGUAUUUCAGCUCACGAUACACAGUUUCUUAUUAAAUAUUAAAUGUUUUUUAUUCUCGUCGAUGCUAUAGGUUAGGUUCUUAGACGUUACCUACGGCGCAAGAGUCCCUAGACUAGGUGCAGGUUUGACUUUAGCAGUCGUGGCGGUAAAUUCAAAUGGCAUUAAAAGUGAAUCAAGAAUACGUGAGUUGUAAACCAAAUUGAUCGACUUGGAGUAUCACGAUGCACCAUAAAGAGUUACAGAAGAGUUUUUUUUUUGUUACAGAAGCAUAAAAUUAAGCAUAAAUCCUUAUUCUUCCCUCACAAGGUUUGAAGUGUACAAUGGUACUGGUUUAAGAACAAUUCUAAGCUAAUUGGAAGCUUCAAAGACAAAUACUUAAUAAGGGAUGGCAUUUUUCUAUACAGGAUAAGUCCUCAGCUUCUUGGAACCCAUGGCCCCUUCAGGUUACGUGGGCCGCGCGUAUACCUCAAGCACGCGUCAAGGCCAUCAAAGUUCGUGUCCGCUUUCAAGAUGAAAAAACAAAUUCCGUUUCGUUGUAUAGGCUCCCUAGAGAAGAAGUCUCUAGAUGACGCAUGGAGAGGAGCGCCAUCGCGCGGAUCAGGGGAAUUAGGCCGUACUUGGUCAGACGCGUGCGGUACAGAGGCGCGCUAAGAAGGGCGCAUGCUGGGACGUGUCACGGGCACGCGUGUGUCACGAUCGCCCAUAUAUAUUGCUGUCGUGAGUGGCCAGAAGGUGCCGCGGCGGGGUGCGAGGAGGGUGGCUUUCGAGGCUUGGGAGAGUAGACAGGCGCGUAGGGUAGGCCAGCUCACGGUGGCGUUUCCGCAGCGAGCCACGGAAUCGUCUCCCAUGCUCUCGGCUUUCCGCGUGUAGCUCGCGUUCGGAGGGUGCCUCUCUCCCGUCGAUGGUCACGCGUCGUGGCAACCGCGAGGAGUGGCCAGAGAUAGCGAGUCUUGGGUCGUUCGGAGCGUGUGCGAUGAAUUAUUACGGGCUGUAGUCGAUAGCGGUAAAAAGUCGGGAGAAAUCCCCGCGAACUGGGGCUGAGGCGGGCUGUAUCGUAAAGUCGGGACAACGAGGACGGGGCUGCUGUGCUGCUGCUGCUGCUCGCGACGGCGGUGGCAGUGGUAGUGGUCGGCCGUGGCGUUGGUGGUUGCUUCCUGUUCGCGGUGGUGUGGUGCCCGUUUGUAGUCGGAGGAGAUCGCGUCGUGGUUGUGGUGGUGCCUGCCGGAGUGGUGCUGCGCCUCGUUCGACGACGGUGGCGAGGGGAAGAAGGAAAAGUGGCCCUCGGGUUUACGAGGCCAGAGGAGAAAGUGGGUGUUGCCGGAGUGACAACGGGAGGAUCGUCCGGGGUCCUCGACGCUAGUACUCGGAGAACGGAGGAAUCGGUCUAGAAUGCUCGUCGGUCGACGAUCCAACGGUCGACGUCUCCUAGCCGAGUGCCGUCUGAUCCUCGUUGAUCGUGUGCCUCGGUGGCGCGACGCUGAGGCGGUGGUCCAGGAUGGGAGGAACGAAUCGAGAAGCUCAGCCAGGCCCUGAAGUAUCCUCGAGCGUGAAUCGUCGCGAGGAACGAAGCUGGUCUUCGUGCGAUUAGAGGAGCUCCGGAGGUUGUCAGGGAGAGGGGCGGGCUCGAGGAAUCGCGGGGAUCGAGAUGAGCGAUCUACAAGCCACUCUCGAGUUCUCCCUCGAGCUUUGCAAGUUCUACAAUGUCGAUCUGUUCCAGCGCGGGUAUUACCAGAUUCGAACCGCCCUCAGAGUGUCGCCGAAACUCCCCGUCAAGGUGGAGGUUAACCAGCUGCGGAAUCACUCGUUGGAGGCGCCCGGGACGAGCAAGCGCUUUCAGAUCCUCUACAGAAAUGAGGAGGUGACACUCGGCACCUCGGUCCUAUUCCGGGCGCACGUGCUCGUGCACAGUCACAAGAUCGAGGAGGUGCUCUCGCGCACCCACUUCAAUCUGGGCGUCGAGUUAUGGUUCAGCGAGCCGACGCAGCCGGAGAACAUGGCCUGCGUGUCGUCUAGGGCGUUGCAACUGAACUUCGCGCCCACCAAGGGGCUUCACUAUCAUCUGCCGGUGCUCUUCGACUAUUUUCAUCUCGCCGCUGUAUCCAUCACGAUCCACGCCUGCCUGGUAGCUCUUCAUCAGCCCUACAUCAAGAAAAGCAUACUUCAUUACGUGCAGAGCUGUGCUCCGCGCGGAGGGAAGCCAUGGCUGCAAUUUAAACAAUCCACGGCGAACGGAGAUAACAAUGCCGCGCUGGGAAAUAUCGAGACCACGACGAGAUGCGUCGGAUCGGCCACGAAGAUCCAGCACGCGAAGCUGGUUCAACAGGAAGUGAUCAGGUUACUUCUGGCCGCGAGGGAAUCUUUGCUCAACGAUUUAGCUGAUUUAGCGCGGCUUCUGCCUUCUUGCCAGCAAAGGGUGCUCGAGUUCUUUCAGAACACGCACAAAGAAAUCAUCAAGAUGAUGGACACCGAGGAAACCGAUAUCGCUCAACUCUGCGCACAAAACAUUGUCCUCUGGCAGCACUUCUUGGAGGCUUUCUCCGGACGCGAGGCCGUUCAUCAGCAUCUCGCCAGGAUCCAUCAUCAACUGAGGGUGAAACGUUUCGCGGAAGGGUUCUUCGUGCUGGAAAAUCCCAGGACGUCAGCCUGGGGUUGCUACGACGCGAAUUAUCAAUCUUAUCAGGCUGUGAGCGAGGCAGCCCGAAGAUCGCGGUACCUGGCGGCGUUACCACCCCUGCCUGUCCACUGUCCAGAGCUGGACGGAGACCUCCACUCGCUUCCUUUGAUCUUCGAGGAUCAGUACGUGAACAUGAAGCAGAGACACAGGAACAGCGUACCCGGCAUGGACGACUGCAGUUGCGGGAUGGCGGCGAUCCUGGAGUCCCGAUCUAUGGGAAUUUGGUCCCCCAGGAGCGAGGGGGCGGCCCAGGACAUUGCUUCCAUCCAGGGUCGUCUGACGUUGACUCCCUCCACGCUGCCCGCCAGGCACAGCAAGUCGUUGGACCAGUUGGGUCCGGAAAUCACGCCGGUACAGCCACGGACAUCGCCGAAGACUCUCCCCAGGUCCAUCUCAACGCAGCUGUUCCCCAGGCAGAGAGGUGGUGCUCGAAACGCCACCCCUCCGGCGACUGUCCCUUCCAGAGGAAGACAGAGAUCCAUAGCACCGUCCAGUAACACGCUUUUCCCGCCUUCGGGGCAGCAAGCCUGCUCGGCGCCGAAUCCAUCCCUUGGCUCGACGCCUGUGGUACCCCUGCCGCGCGCAAAGUCCACGCAGAUGCUGGUGCUGAACCGUCAGCAACAAGGGGAUCCCCAGACCACCUCCAUCACGUCACUUUUAGCAGCGAUGUUCCCCGAACUGCCACCUGGAGGACAGCUGCCGGGUUAUCGACCGUCGAGCAAGUCCUGCGAGCAGACCUUGACGGUGCCUCCCUUUGUGGGAGGGAUGGACCAUGGUCAGAUGACCGAUUGCUGGACCGAAAACAAGACUGCCAGCGUUGCCGAAGAAUAUUCCCUUCCAGAUUAUCACUCGCUGGAUACGAGGAGGAUCCGCCUGGAGCCGCGCAGUCAUCGUUUAGCGACGCGUCAGGCUCUCUCGAGCAACGAUCAAAACAGCUUCCUACCUGAGAAGUCGAGCGUCAACGGCGAUGGCUUCCUGCAAGAGCAGCCUCUUCACACAGCGACUCUAGACAGGAUCACGUACAGGGGGAACUCGAGGAAGCAGGGUCAUCAAGCUGGAGGCAAAUACAGUCAAACGAACGGGCUGGAGUCCCGUAGAUACCACACGAUAGGGAAGACCGGGCAUGGUCAACGUACGCGCGAGAUCCAGGACUCGAUGAACGGCGGGGGCGUCCCGAGCAGCCAUUCGCUGAUGGUGGAUCCUUUGUACAAACGAUCCAACUACUCUCCCACGACCACCGACUCCUUCUUCUACCGCACGAACGGCACCAGCGGACGAAUGCACGGGGAACAGCCAGAGAGACCAAGAAGACCCAAGAGUACGGAGAGACUGAUGGACGACGUCAAUGCCACCGAGUACUCGGACUUCCGCAGAGAGAGGCCAAGAAGGAGGGACGAAAGACCUGGGGUCAAGUCCCCGCGAAACGGAGUGUCGCCCUGUUACAGCGAGGAGAAGCUGAGAAGGCAGCAAAUCGACGACAAAACAGAGGUAACCAAUGAGAUGUUCUACAAGGUGAUGAACGCCAUGUCGGAGCCUAGAAAGGAGCAUCGGACAGAGAGGAGAAAGAACAGGCACGGGAGGAGGCCACAUUCGGCGCCUGUCCUCGACGUGGACCAUCCGAACGACGAUGGCAAGAAGUGCAAUCACAGGAACAGGAAACCUGCUCCUCCCCCACCUGGCUACCAGGACCCAGCGGUGGCACCUCUGCCCAAGUAUCGUCAUCCGCCUCCUGCGCCUACCACGAACGUCCUGGAGGUGGAGAACAACAAUAAAAUUAUUCUUAAGAUCGAGCCCAUAAAAUCGCCCGUGGAAGCGCCGGCGACCAACGGCACAACGCCGUCCGACACGUCAAGCACCGGUGCACCGCCGCCCAACACGAAAAGACUGAGAUGCGCCAGCGUGCCAGUGGCGCAGAACAAGGUCGUGGUGCCACGAAGCGCGGUGUCAUUGCCUUGCAUGCCGAUACGCGACAGCAAGGACAGCCUUAGCAACAAUCUUCCCGUCAUUCCGAAUCCGCACAGCCCGCCGUCCAGCAGGCCCAGCAGCCCGACCACGAGCUCCAGCUCCAGCAACCUCACGUCCGAGUGUUCCGGCUGGGUCAGUAGCGGAGACACGUCGAGCUCGGAACAGCGUCGCAACGCGAAGCUGUCCAGCGAGCAGCUCAGACAAAAGCUGUCGAAGAUCGUGCCCAGGAAAGAGAGGCCACCUGCCAAGGAGAACAUCGAGGAGCACUCGUACGAGGAGGUUCGACUUCCACCUCCGAAGAUGUUCCAGGACGAGCCCCCACCGCCGGAAGAGUUUCGCGAUCCGCCUCCCGUCAUCGACAACCCUCUGUACCACGUCUACGAGACGGCGAAGCCUGCCAGAAGCCCGAAGCAAACGAAAACGGCGCCGUGCAGUCCUCAGAAGAACAGGGACAGGGACAGGGACACCGCUUACGGUGGCAGGGACAUCUGCCUGGACUGCUACCAGGAGGGCAAGGAACUCUUGCAGUCCACCCAGGACGACUCGAUCAACUUCAAGAAGUGCAAGGAGGAAUUCAAGCGUCAGAUGAGCUUCUCUGGAAAGAUCUACAGAGAACGAAAGGAAGCGCAGAUGCGUUUCCAUAAGCGCGCCCAUUCCCUUGGAUACGGUGACCUCCUGACCCCGUCGUCGGUUAAACCUCUAAGAUCCAAUGUGCCUCUUAGUGACUAUCCGACCCUGGCCUCGACCAUGCCGUACUUCCACAUCAGCAACGAGUACAGGCUCUUCUCGCCGGAGGGGGCGCAUCUCAUCAUCUGCGUCCACGGUCUCGAUGGGAACCCUGCCGAUCUCCGUCUCAUCAAGACCUAUUUAGAACUCAGUCUUCCCGGGGCCCAUCUAGAUUUUUUAAUGUCUGAGAGGAAUCAGGGUGACACUUUCUCGGACUUCGACAGGAUGACCGAUCGACUAGUGUGCGAAAUACUCCAUCAUACCGUGACGUCGGGCCUGAACCCGACGAAAGUGAGCUUCAUCGGACACUCUUUAGGGACCAUCAUCAUACGCAGCGCUCUGACGCGGCCAGAACUGCGACCGCUGCUACCGCGUUUGCACACAUUCCUCAGCCUGAGCGGGCCACAUUUAGGCACCCUGUACAACACCAGCGGAUUGGUUAACGCAGGCAUGUGGUUCAUGCAGAAGCUGAAGAAAUCCGGCUCGCUGCUGCAGCUGGCCAUGAAGGACGCGUCCGACGUCAGGCAGUCCUUCAUGUUCCGUCUCAGCCAGAGGAGCAAUCUCGAGAAGUUCAAACACGUCCUUCUGUGCGGUAGCGCGCAGGAUCGCUACGUGCCGCUUCAUUCCGCGCGGAUAGAGCUCUGCAAGGCCGCCGUUCGGGAUUCGACAGAUCAAGGCGCAGCGUAUCGCGAGAUGGUGCACAACAUCCUGUACCCAGUGAUGUCCACCAGCGGGGUGAGUCUGGUGAGGUACGACGUGCACCACGCGCUACCAGCGACGGCGAACGCCCUGAUUGGUCGAGCCGCCCACAUCGCCGUCCUCGAUUCCGAGCUUUUCAUCGAGAAGUUCCUGCUGGUGGCUGGCUUGAAGUACUUCAGAUAAGGAACGGACUACCUAGCGACUAGGGGAAAAUUAGGGACGUUAUUGUAAUAGCGGGAUAGCCACCGGAGAACGAAGUGCUCGGGCGUACCGUGGAUUAGGAUUAAUUAACACGAACCUGCUGUCGACAACUGCUUCGCUUUAUCGUCUACACUUCUUUUUCGCGAUCAAGCUCGUCUUCUUCCCUCGACGCGAAAGCGAAGCAGUUAAACGUUUCUAUUACAAGGAACACGGCACGCGAACACCUCGAUAACAGUUUCUCUCGUUAAGGUCACUUUGUAUUGGAUGGACCACUUGAGGUGACACCUUGGAUUUGGCUGAAAAUUGAAUGGUAGGCUUUAAAGGUGUUCAAACUUUGACUAAAGGAUUUUUCGAGGUCUUGAGAAUUGUUGAUUUAACUGCUUGAAGAAUGACGAAUAGUUCGGAUGAACUAUGCGUCAGAGUUUGUUGGACACCAGAGCAUAAGAUUUUACGAACUGGUAAAAUGAACAAAUUCUCGAUACCUCGAAGAAUGCUUCAACGUGUACAUGUCUCAGAAGAGUAGUUUCUUCGAUUCCAAUCAAGUCCAUGUUAUACCGAGGAGUGUCCAGUUUGGCAUGAAGUGAUCUGUUAGAUUCCUACGCGUUGGUCUAUCGUCGCCAGCCCUGGAAUACUGCUUUUACGCAUUCAUCAGUCAUCGAAUCAUCGCACCAUCGAAACCAAAUGGACCUAUGCCUGCGCGAGAAACGGGCCUACUUGCAGCUUGUGCUCAUGAUUCUCUCUAGAAAGGGGAGCUGGGAAGGGUCGUUAGAUAGCGAGGGGUGGUUCGACCAGACGCGUUGGUUGCUGUUCUAGAACGAUGAUACUUUCGAUGUUACCGAACCUCCAUGUCAGUUUUAUCGAACGAACAUAUCAACAGAAUAUCGAAGUUUCUUAUAAGCAAUUUGCGAGAAGACUUCAAUUCAGACCUUCCUGAAGAGUACGUUCUAUUUUCUUGGUCUAUCACUCGCACACCCACAAGUAUUUUAACUCGUUGCUUAAAGGUUGAAGUUAAGUUCUUCACUCCCUCAACCACGAAGGAAUUAAUUCUUCGGCGAAGAGAUACUUAAACCAACAGUUGAUUUUACUUUUCCAUGUUCCGGAUGUCACCUCGAGAAUAGCUCGAGAAAAUGAACCGAAAGGUCCAGAAUCAGGGCUGGGUUUAAAUCAAUCAGACCAAUCGCUCCUAACCGGGCCCACUCCCAAGGGGACAUUUUUAAUAUAUCAUUUCACUGAAGCAGACCUCUGCUGUGAACCUGGGGGCCCAGCUGAAAAUGUUUCCAAAUCGGGUUGUGGCAGCUAAAGCUGGCCUUGAAUCUUCCAUCUACGAACACCUACUUUCUGACCUAACACCUGCACCCUAUACUCAAACCUGAGAACCUGUAAACUGACUUGACAGGUGAAACAGGUAACAAAUCCUCCAGCAGUCCUCGUUCACCAGCACGUGGAUGUCGAACCGUCUCGAGCACUUGUUAAAGAUCGACUCAAGUAUCGAGUUCUCGGCCUAUCGCGAAGCCUGGGGCUGGCGAGGGUAUCGCCGUCGCGUCAAAAGUCAUCUAUCCCACGAACACUGAAGAAACGCGAACAGACACGCGUUUCUCUUCGCUUUCUCUUUCUAAGGAAUCGAGAGAACAGGGACACGUCGCCCGACAGGAUUCACCGUGGCGCUCUUCGGCCCAGUGUAAAAAGCGUCUAGGGUCCAGACACGGUCCGAACCCUAGGAAAGUUACGAAACGUAUGUCAAUUGUUACUCUCAGAUAAGUGUGAGUGCGUGCGGUGUGAGGAGGAUGGAUGAGACGCGUUACGUGAGAGAAAGAGAGUAUUCUAAUGUAAACAAAGAAAAAAAAAAAACAAAACAAAACGGCAAUUGUGGGAAGUCAGUGAGAAAAAGGGGAGGACAAUUCAGGCGUGGAGAAGUAACGGCGAUCGGAUUGGGACGAGAACGACUGUUUGGAGUGGUGAACGUUACCUUUGGCGGGUGCCAAAGGCGAAUUGGAGCAACAGUGAGGUGAGACGAAAACGGACACAAGUGACUACCAUUUCAGGUAUAUGAAAUCCCUCCAAUACUAGAUCUCAAUUGCUCAGAACAAUCUAAAUAAAAAAAAAAAAAAGAAGAAAAUUAAAAAAAAGUUAUACAUUAUAAUCGUAAUCGAAGCAACGAAGACGCGUGGCAUCGCGUCUGUCGAUUGCUAAUCGUGAAAUAUCAUCGAAAGAGUGGGAGAGAGAGAGGACGUGUGUGAUUAUGAUUUCUCGAUUCUCCCCAAAACGGCGACGAGAGGAAAGACGAAACGUCGACAGUAAGACUCGCGGUACAAUGCAUGGCAAUUUUGGUGUUCGAUGUGGUAGUUUCGCGAAAGUAACGCCUCACAGUUCUUGUUCGAUCCGUUUCUCGCCGCGAGAAGCAUGUCUUUCGUUGAAGUCGCGCCCGAUCGGCAUCGUUCAACUUGACGUACGAGCUCGAUCCGAGUCCUUAAGAAAAUAUACGUCGAUGUUAGGUUGCGUUGUGUACUUCAGAAGGUGUUUUCUACGAUCUUUUGCAACCUUUGAAUUGAUUUCCAAUCGUCUUUGAAUUACGAGACUGAUGACGAGUCUUCGGGUGACUUAUUAAGUAGUCUAACGCCUUUGUUUCUUUUAACCGAUCUCGCGAUGUCGUGAAAGUUUCUGGCGUGGGGGACUCUGGCCAGGUUGAACGUGCUCGGAGCGUUCCGCACGACAUUUUUCGUUCGCGAUUAUUACUUUGCCGACACAGUAGAGAAAAAUUGCACCGUUCGUACAGCGAUUCUCCGCACAAUAUCGUUAAGUGUGAACGCACUGCGCCCAAUGUAAGCGUUUACCCGCGCAAUUGUAUACAACGUACACGCGUGUACGCCUUUACACCGUUUAAGAAACGCGCACACCCACGGAAUCGUGCAUUGUGCACCGCGUGUCGCGUUUGUUGUACAGGAUGUCCCAUUUAGAUCGGCCCUCUCGAAUAUCUUUGAAAUUAUCAUGAGACUAAUGCUUCGUAUAAAAUUUAAUUGUUUCAAAGAAACACUCUGUGUUUGAAAUAUUUGUUGGUGUCGACAGUUUCGGAGAUACUGGGGCAAAACGACUUAAAUUGGACAUUCCGUAGAUAUCGUCGUAUCUAUCGCGAGCACAGCCUCGCCAGGACCACAAUCAGGCGCUCUUCGCUCGCCUGAAGCUGUGAAGCACAAAAAAGUCCUCGAAACUUUUCUCAUUCAACCGUAAGAUCGCGUCGUUUCGAUUGAUUUUUCGCUUUACCGCUCUAUCGAUAAAUUAAUCGUCGAACAUUCGUGUGGUUUAGAAACGAAGCGGAUAAAACGACGCUUAUCGAGCAGCGUUCCAUUCGUGUUCUAUAUCCAGGUGUCUUUUCGAUUUAAGCGCGCCGAAUGAAAUCUUUUCAUUGGGGGACGAACCAUCUCGUUUUCUUACCAAUUUAAUUCCAAGUAUUUCAUCGAGGAAUUGAAAAGUUUACAAUGAGGUUACAUCGUUUGAACGAUAGUUUCCAUCUUCAGAGUCUCCCAUUUUUCUGACGAGUAACCUUCCAUCUCGGACUUUGUUUAGAACGCUAUAAACCUCUCUAAUAUAAUAUUUGAACCCUCCGAGAACGAUCGAAUUUGCUUCUCCUUCGAUUCUAAGCCACUCGUCCCCACUCAUUUACUAUACAAGUGAUCGCACACUAUCGUGUAUACCGUUUUUGUAAUGCGUUUAUAUCUAACGAUUAUGAACGAACCAACGUUCAGGGUUCUCGGAGGACCUGUUAGAAGGCUGGCCAGCAGGGACCGCGUACCCCAUGCCUGACCCUUACAGGGGCCUCGAAUUUACACGAAGAAGGCAGCAAUGGAAUUUGUACGCUCUCAUAAUCAGUUCACGAUCUGGCGACAGCAAUAGUUUCGAUGCGAAGAGUAAUAUCUGGCUGUCUUGGCUCUGCUUGAUUAAAUCUGAUGCUAUCGAUCACUUCUACGCUAAAUAUUUCAGCAAAUAUUGCGAGAAGCAGUCACGCGGCUAAGGACAUAAUUCUUCAAUGUUUCAUAAAAAGGGCUCCAGACAAUAUAGCGAUACAACAAUGCUGAAAAUGAAAGAAAGGAAAACGGUUAACUCGUGUAUUGAAAUCGGGUAAAAGCACUCAUCGCUUCUUUUUCAUAUCUCCACGGUAUCUUGAAGUCAGACAACUGUUUACUCCAUCCCUUUUUGCCAAACCUGAAAGAAUUAUGUUCAACUCGAGCGCGCGAAACGAUUGUCGAUCGAACGAUUGCGCGUUGCUGCGAGUAGACGAGCGAAACGAAAAAGAACUAUUCAAACGAUGAAACCGAGGUAUCAGAAAGAAAGUUAGCUUUUGAAGGAGAAGGUUUGUAGUUGCAACGUCGACGAAUUAACAGCAAUGUAUACACUAUACAUAACACAUGGAUACAUAUGACGAAAAGAUAAAAAAAAAAAAAACGUGAAUAAAUCUACUUAUACAUAAAACGACAUAGAUUAAUGAAAAACAAAGUGUCUGGUAUUGUUAUUGUUACCGUUGAUAUAAUGAGAAAAUUUUACCUCACCGAGCUUGAUUGUCGCUUUCGCAGAGCGAUUGAGUGUGUAGACGCAAAGGUUUUUUACUUUAAUAGUGGCUGUACUAUUGUAACGAUCGCGAGGCAUCUCAUACUUAAAGAAAUUUCUAACUAUAAUUAAUCUCGACGAAUUAUUAUUCCUAUUACGAUAAAGAAUAAAAUUUUUAUUUAUCAA